AUGUUCAAGAGCGGCAUUUCCUCCUUCGCCAGGGCGUCUCGCCCGACCUUCUCGGCCGCCGCCUCGCGACGUGCCCUUAAGCCUGCCGCUCUCCGAUUCCCCCUGAACAGCAGAUUCGCCAGUUCUGCCAGCGUUGGUGUCGGCAAGAUUCACCAGGUUAUCGGUGCUGUCGUCGACGUCAAGUUCGACACCGCCAAGUUGCCUGCUAUUCUGAAUUCCCUCGAGACCGACAACAAUGGCCAGAAGCUCGUCCUAGAAGUUUCCCAACAUCUGGGUGAGAACGUCGUUCGUUGCAUUGCUAUGGACGGUACCGAAGGUCUCGUCCGAGGCGCCAAGGCCACCGACACUGGUGCUCCCAUCACCAUUCCUGUCGGCCCUGCUACCCUGGGUCGUAUCAUCAACGUCACUGGUGACCCCAUUGACGAGCGUGGUCCCAUCAAGACUGACAAGUUCUUGCCCAUCCAUUCCGAGCCCCCGGAGUUCAUUGAUCAGUCCACCUCUGCUGAGAUUUUGGUCACUGGUAUCAAGGUCGUCGAUCUGCUCGCUCCCUAUGCCCGUGGUGGAAAGAUUGGUCUCUUUGGCGGUGCUGGUGUCGGCAAGACUGUGUUCAUCCAGGAGCUUAUCAACAAUAUCGCCAAGGCUCACGGUGGUUACUCUGUCUUCACUGGUGUUGGUGAGCGUACUCGUGAGGGUAAUGAUCUGUACCAUGAAAUGCAGGAAACCUCCGUCAUUCAGCUGGAUGGCGAGUCAAAGGUCGCCCUGGUGUUCGGUCAGAUGAACGAACCCCCUGGUGCCCGUGCUCGUGUCGCCCUUACUGGUCUGACGAUUGCUGAGUACUUCCGUGACCAGGAAGGCCAGGAUGUGCUACUCUUCAUUGACAACAUUUUCCGAUUCACUCAGGCCGGUUCUGAGGUGUCUGCCUUGCUGGGUCGUAUUCCUUCCGCCGUCGGUUACCAGCCUACUCUUGCCGUCGACAUGGGUGGUAUGCAGGAGCGUAUUACUACCACCAAGAAGGGUUCUAUUACUUCCGUCCAGGCUGUCUACGUCCCCGCUGACGAUUUGACGGAUCCUGCCCCUGCCACGACCUUCGCUCACUUGGACGCCACUACUGUCUUGUCUCGUGGUAUCUCUGAGUUGGGUAUCUAUCCCGCUGUCGACCCUCUCGACUCUACCUCUCGUAUGCUUGAUCCCCGUAUCGUUGGUGAAGAGCACUACAACACGGCUACCCGUGUCCAGCAGAUUCUACAGGAGUACAAGUCCUUGCAGGAUAUCAUUGCUAUUCUGGGUAUGGAUGAAUUGUCCGAGGCUGAUAAGCUUACUGUCGAGCGUGCCCGUAAGAUUCAGCGUUUCCUUAGCCAGCCUUUCACUGUCGCUCAGGUUUUCACUGGUAUCGAGGGCACGCUGGUUGACCUUAAGGAGACCAUUGCCUCAUUCAAGGCUAUCUUGAGCGGUGAGGGUGACGGGCUUCCCGAGAAUGCCUUCUACAUGGUUGGUGACCUUGCCUCCGCUAAGGAGAAGGGUGCGAAGAUUCUUGCGGAUUUGGAGAAGAACUAG